GCACGCAUGCGUCCUAGAGCGGUGAGACCAUUUUAAAGGAAGAAAGGAAAACAAGCAUAGUUACUGACAAUCAGUAAUAAAUCAACAGUUUAAAAUAAUUAGAGCUAUGUUUGUCCUGACAAACCCGGAAAGGUAAAAGUUCCCCGCGGAUCCAACAGAAAAACAGGCUUCCGAUACUCCAGCUCAGCGUCUGUUCUGAGUGUAUUGUUGUUAUUGGGGUGUGUGUGUGAGUGAGUGAGUGUGUGCGUGUGUGUGUGUGUGUGUGUGUAGAUGGAUGGAGACGAGGAGAUCCGCUCAGAUGAUGGCAGCGCUACUCCAGUCCAGGACGAGCCGGAGGAGGCCAGACCCCCAUCACCACCGUCUGAGGAUGAAGGCAGUGAUAACGAGGACGCGGCUCACGGCAGGACGUCUGAGAACGCAGACAGCGGCUCGGAUCACGAGGCCCGUGGAGGACGAGACGGGAGCGAUUCAGAGCCCGAGCCGCCGCGGCCCGCAGACAGCGAUGAGGAAGAGGAGGGCAGCUCUCCUGUGAAGCGAAGAGCGAGCACCUCGGACAUGGAGGAGGAACAGGAGGAGAAACCACUCCCAGCCAGUGACUCAGAGCCGGAGGAAACAGAGAAGAGACACAGCCCUAAAUCAGACGCGGCCAGUGAUUCAGACGAGGACAAACCCAAACAGAAAACUCAGAGAGACUCUGAUGCAGAAGAAGAGGAACAGGAGGAGGAAGAGGGAGGGAGGAAGGAGAAGGGAAAGUGGAAAGCUGUGAUGAACUCAGACAGUGAUGAAGAGGAGGAGCGACCGAAGCAGGAAGCAGGAAGUGAUGAGGACGAAGGACCCAAACGACAGGCUCUGGCCAGUGAUGAUGAUGAAGAUGAGAAGCCUGUCAAGAGGAAGAAAGCCGUUCUGUCAGACAGUGAUGAAGAUGAGGAGAAAGAGGUGAAGAAGAGCCGGCUGGUGUCUGAUGAUGAAGACUCCGGCAGUGAUGAAGGCUCUGGAGCUCCUGAUAAGAGUUUAGCAGCUAAACUGAAGGAGCUGGGCUCAGACAGCGAGGAUGAGGAGGACACGAUGAAGAAGGACACAGGGAAGAAGGACGAGACCGCUCUGUUCGGCAGCGACAGCGACUCUGGCGACGACGAGGAAGAGAAAAUGAUCGCAGACAUCUUUGGAGAGUCCGGUGAUGAGGAAGAGGAGGAGUUUACGGGCUUCAAUCAAGAGGAGCUGGAGGCCGAGCGGCCGCAGACUCAGGCGCCGGGGCCGAAGGGAGCGGAGAUCGACUCUGAUUCAGACGACGAUGUGGACAGAGGAGGAAAAGACAUGUCCUUCAUGUCAGACUUUGACAUCAUGCUGGCCCGGAAGAAAGCCCAGAGCGGGAAACGCAGACGCAACCGAGACGGAGGAACGUUCAUCAGCGACGCCGAUGAUGUCGUGAGCGCCAUGGUCAUCAAAAUGACAGAAGCAGCAGAGGAGGACCGGACUCUGAACAGCAGGAAGAAGCCGGCUCUGAAGAAGCUCAUGCUGCUGCCCACCGUGGUGAUGCAUCUGAAAGAAGCAGGAUCUGAAGGACACGUUCAUAGACAGCGGUGUGAUGACGGCCAUAAAGGAGUGGAUCAGUCCUCUCCCAGAUAAGAGUCCUCCCAGCGCUCAAGAUACGAGAAGAGCUCCUCAAGAUCCUGCAGGAACUGCCCAGCGUGAGUCAGGAAACACUGAAGCUCAGUGGAAUCGGUCGAGCCGUCAUGUUCCUCUACAAACACCGCCAAAGAGUCUCGCGCCAACAAAG